AAAACUUGCAUUUAAAGCCUUUCCUUUAUUUCUUUUCUCCAUCUUCUUUACAAAAGACUGAUCGGUAUCCAAGGGAGAAUAAAUGUAAUGUAGUACAUAAAUAGCUAAGCUAAUAGUGACAUCUCAACAUAUAAUGUAUGUUUUAUGUGGACAACACAAGACCGUUCCUACUCAAAACUCUCUGUUACUGUUACACUCUACAUGUGACACACUGACGCAUUAACAAUAACACACAUGUAUUUGUAACGUAUAUGUGCAAUUGUUUGUAUAUAUUAAUGAGUUUUGUUUCUGCUAAGCUUCUAUCCGGACCUGUAGCAAAAAAAACAUGAAAGGCACUAUGUUUUGUGCAUCACAAGCAUCGACGGCUACGGUUAACCACGACGAACGGAGCGUCAUGGCACGAGCCAUCGACCGUCAUAAUCCCAUCAUCAAAGAUGGUAGGAGAUCUUUCACGGCACCGUGCUCUUCCGGCGACGACUACAUUGAACCGUACCGUCAGCUUUCGAAAAUUACGAGAAUACCCUCAUCCCCUUCCCCCUCCGUUGAAGGGAAGAUGGUUCAGGUGGAGAAGGGAAGGAAGAGUACUUCAGGGUCGUUGUUGAAGCUACUUAGUAGUAGUGAUAAUAUUAGCUUAGCUAGGAAGAGUUUUGGCUGUUUUGACGUUACCAAAAGUACCCCAGCUGGCUCUACUAGGUAUCUUCUGGGGACCGACGCGGUUACUUUAUCCGGUUCUUCUACGGGUAAGGAUGUGUUUGUAACGGAGGAAGGUGAACCUUCCGAGGCAAGAAAAAGCUCUGGUGCUGCAGUGGAAGAGAAGAAGAAGAAGACUUCUUCUGGUUCAGACCAGCAGGUGGUUGUUCUGAGAGUGUCUCUUCACUGUCAGUGCAGAGGCUGUGAAGGCAAAGUGAAGAAACAUCUAUCUAGAAUGCAAGGUGUGACAUCCUUCAACAUAGAUUUGGCCUCAAAGAAGGUGACUGUGACUGGAGACAUCACUCCCUUACAAGUAUUGGGUUGCCUCUCAAAGGUCAAAAAUGCCCAGUUCUGGACACCACCACCUCCAUCAUCACUCUCAAGUACCAAUCCGGAGAACUAAAUAAACACAUUUUUGUGUAUUUGUAUUCUCUUUCUCUCAUGUGUUAUGAAUCAAAUCAAUGGUAAAAGUUUUAAGACUUUCAAACUCCAUAUUCAAUGUUUAUUGAGAAAGACUCA